AUGGCGUCUCAAUCCCCCCUCUACAUCGGGUUUGACCUAUCAACCCAACAACUAAAGGGUCUGGUAGUCAACUCCGAGCUAAAGGUCGUCUAUAUCGCCAAAUUCGAUUUCGAUGCCGAUUCAACCGGCUUCCCAAUUAAGAAGGGUGUCCUCACAAAUGAAGCCGAGCAUGAAGUGUUCGCCCCGGUCGCAUUGUGGCUACAGGCCCUUGAUACCGUGUUGGAGAACCUCCGCAAACAAGGGCUAGACUUCAGUCGCAUCAAGGGUAUCAGCGGGGCAGGACAACAGCAUGGGAGUGUUUACUGGGGUCGCGAGGCGGAAUCACUUCUUCAAAACCUGGAUCCGGAGAAGUCGUUGGAGCAACAGCUCCCGCCCGCUUUCUCCCACCCAUACAGCCCCAAUUGGCAAGAUUCAAGCACCCAGAAGGAGUGUGAUGAGUUUGAUGCGAUCCUGGGUGGACCAGAGGAGCUCGCUCUAGCUACCGGAAGCAAGGCGCAUCACAGAUUCACCGGUCCCCAGGUCCUUCGAUUCACGAGAAAAUACCCCGAGGUCUACCAGAAAACAACUCGCAUCUCCCUCGUCUCAUCCUUCCUUGCGUCGCUCUUCCUCGGCCAUGUCGCCCCCUUCGAUAUCUCGGACGUGUGCGGCAUGAACCUGUGGAACAUCAAGAAGGGCGCAUACGAUGACCGUCUCCUACAGCUUUGCGCCGGUGAAUUCGGAGUCGAAGACCUGAAGAAAAAGCUCGGCAAUGUCCCUGAGGAUGGCGGACUACAUUUGGGAACUGUCCACUCAUACUAUAUCAAGCGGUACGGCUUCAGUCCCGACUGCACGGUGAUCCCGGCGACCGGCGACAACCCAGCAACGAUUCUCGCUUUGCCCCUUCGGCCUUCAGACGCCAUGGUAUCCUUGGGUACUUCCACAACCUUCCUGAUGUCCACUCCGAACUACAAGCCCGAUCCUGCCACGCACUUCUUCAACCACCCAACCACCGCCGGCCUCUACAUGUUUAUGCUUUGUUACAAGAACGGAGGACUCGCGCGGGAACAUGUUCGUGACGCGAUCAACGAAGGUCUGAAAGAUACCGCGGAGGAGCCCUGGGCCAUCUUCGACAAGCUUGCGUUGACUGCGCCUGCACUGGGACAAGCGAUCGCAACCGAGCCAAUGAAGAUGGGCCUCUUCUUCCCACGGCCAGAGAUUGUACCCAACAUCCACUCAGGACAGUGGCGGUUCACCUAUGACCCGAAGAAUGAAACCCUGACCGAGACGACGGAAGGAUGGACUGUUCCUCAGGACGAGGCCCGAGCCAUUAUUGAGAGUCAGAUGCUCUCACUCCGACUCCGCUCUAAAGGCUUGACACAAAGCCCUGGAAAUGGGCUUCCGGCCCAACCACGACGGGUGUACCUCGUCGGUGGUGGAUCCAAGAACAAGGCAAUUGCCAAGAUUGCUGGUGAGGUUCUCGGUGGCGCCGAGGGUGUUUAUAAGCUCGAUAUUGGAGACAAUGCCUGUGCGCUUGGCGCAGCAUACAAAGCGGUAUGGGGCAUCGAGAAAGAGCCUGGUCAGACCUUUGAAGACCUCAUUGGUCAACGAUGGAAUGAGGAUGAGUUUGUUGAGAAGAUUGCGGAUGGAUAUCAGGCUGGCGUCUAUGAGCAGUAUGGCAUGGCUGUUGAAGGAUUUGCGAAGAUGGAAAACCAAAUCCUGCAGCAAGUGCGAACUCGGAAAUAA